AGCAAAGUGACGUUAUCGAACAACUAGAAAUAAAUGUAACACACUUGACAAAUCGAGAGAUGACUGCAAAAAUAGUGCCGUCUUACAUAAAAACUAAAACUGGCCGAAUAUAUUUAUUUUCAGCCAUUAUUGCCCAUAUAGAAAACGAUCAGGCAUUUAAACAUAAUCAAACACAAAAUAUUACUGAAGUAUCUCCAACAGCUAUCGUCACUGGAUGGGAACAUAAAAGCGGAUCCUCUUAUGAUUUUAAAUGUUGCUUCAGAUUAAAGAAUGGCAUGUUCGUCUCCGUUUUAUCUUGGAAUAAAUCUCAUUGGGUUUAUUUUCUAGAAAACUUUAAUUUACAGGCAAAACAGUUCAAAUGCCCAGUUAACUUUGAUAUUAAAGAUAUUUCUUCGAUCACGAUCUUAGCUGAUAAGAAUGCAACUUGUCCAGAGGAAAACGUAUUCUAUAUCACACCUACAAUCAUAAAACAUAAUAAAAGUCCUAAAAAUAUAAGAAGUCGGAAUGUUGGUGUAUGUGUAAAACUUACAUAUGGAUCUUUAGAUGCUCAACGGCUGAUAGAAUGGUUUGAGAUCCAUAAAUUAUUUGGUGUUGACAAGGUUAUAGCAUAUACCUACCAAUUAAAUUCAAAAGCAGCUAAGGUUUUAAAAUUUUAUGAAAGAAGUGGAAUGGCUCAGGUUUAUGACUUCGACUUUCCCGAGAAAGAUAUCAUUAAACGCAACAUUGGUGAGAACUCUCAAUACUUGAAUGAUGAACAAGUGGUGUUAUUUGACUGCCAGGAACGACUUAGAAAUUAUGAUUAUGUUGCAGUCGUCGAUACAGAUGAGUUCUUACUACCGAGAACGAAACAUUUCAAAAAUGCUUGGAAAAUUUACUUUGAAAAUAAGUUAAGGAAAGAGAAUGUUGGAGCGUUGUUCUUUUGCGUUAGAAUCCAUGCAUAUACUUGGGGACCGUCAAACAAAAGCCAUCCGCUUCAUAUCGGACGAUAUAGCAACUGUACAUUUCCAAUGAAUGACAGAAAUAAGGGUGUAUAUAUGCCAUCUCGAAUACGACAAGGAAGUGUGUGGACUCAUGGAGCUUAUCCGUUACAGGGUUUUACAAGUUAUGUGGUGGCGAACGUGAGCGAAGCCGUUAUACAUCAUUAUAGACACUGUAGAGAGGAAUGGUUGAAUACAACUUCCACACAUGUUAGCCGUUCAGAAAUGUAUCUGUUUCAUAUGACAAACACGACUAAAUGCACCGAUUUUCGCCGGUCCCAUUCCGAUGUUAUUGGUCAACUGGCUGACAAUAUCAAAGAUGACGUAUUUAGAAGACUAGAGGAAAUAGAACUGUGAAUUUAAUGUUAUUUCACGGACAUUUACAUAUGUCAGAACAUUAAACAGUACAAUAUCACAACAGUGUUUUACUUCUUGCAUGUAUGUAUAAUAGACAUGAAAAAUAGAAAAGCAAACAUUCCUCAGU